AUGGAUAAGAGAAAGAAAGGGUCUCUUACAGAACUGAGGCUUAUGGUGGUGGGUAGCAGUGGACCUCCACAAUUCCUUCUAACAAAUGCCAUACUUGGGAGAGAGGAGUUUUCUAAGGACAUCACCGGUAUUUCUGACAGCAAGAAGAACACUGGAGAGCUGGCUGGUAGACGAGUGGCUGUGGUCAAUGGGCCAAACAUCUAUGACAAGGAUAUAUCUCGAGCUAAAAGGAAGAAUGAGCUGAGAAGGUCUAAAUGCUUGUGUAUUCCCGGCCCCCAUGCCUUUCUUGUUGCCUUUGACUUGGAGAAAAUCUCCCCCAAUGAUAUGAGAGCCCCCAAACUGAUGAGGAAACGCUUUGGGAGACACUGUCUGAAGCACUGCAUGGUCCUCCUGGCUUAUGAGGGAAACCUGGAGGGAGCCGCCCUGGAAGACAAGGUGCAGAAGACUGACUGGCACCUGAGAGAACUGAUCGAGAAGUACGGUGGAUGCUUUCACUUUUUCAGCAAGAACUGGAGAGACCGCAGCGGGGACAGAGCGCUGCUGCAGAAGAUAGAGAGGAUGGUGGCCUCUUUAGGAGGGGGCUUCUUCUCCAGCAGAACUUUCCAGAAGGCAGAGGUAGCUGUGAAGAAGGAGGAGAAGAGGCUCAGGAAGCAGAGGACAGCAGAGAUAGAAAAGGCAUGGACGGAAAUGGAGAAGCAGUACAUAGCGGAGGAGUUGUAUCACCAGAGGGACGCCUACACAUCCAGUGUUGGCGCUGAGAUCAGAGCCAAGGCAGAGAUGGACAACGGGUGGCUCAGAACCUCCCUGGCACGAGGACUGGGGACGGGUUUAGUUGUGGGAGCUGUCAUGGGCGCACUGUUUGGUUCCAUAGAGGGGCCAGGGGGGAUGGUUCUGUAUGGGAUCAUAGGUGGGGCAGUAGGUGGAUCCGCAGGGGGAACGGCACAGGUAGCAAUAGAGCAUAUGGAGGGCAGAGUGGCUCCUCCUGCCAGACUCAACUUUAACUCAAUCUUCAUUAAUCGCUUCUUUGCAACUCCUCGUCCAUGA